CAUCGUCAACAUACAGAGUUACGAAUAUGGAUGAGCGUACAUCUAAGGGAAAGCUCCGGGAAGAAUUCAAUAUUGUCAAAAUAGAGAUUGCGGAGGUGAAAAAGAAAAUGAAUUCGAUCAUGGAAAAAAUAGUUGAACAAAGCUCUGACUCAGGUUCUGACUCUGACUCUUCUUACGAUUCUGAUGAUCAAUCAGAAGAACCACCGUAUAAUUCAAUAGAGCACGUUUUUAGCUCACCUGUAUUGUCCUCCAAAAAGAGAUCUUCGUCGGAAGUUCGUCGAGCCGAAGAGGUUAAAACGACCAAGUUGGUGUUUAAUAUGGGCGUGUCAUGUGCCGGAGACGACACUCAAGGAUUAGACGAGAUGAACCCCAAAUCAUUUUACCAGAAAGAACAGUUGACUCCCACCUGGCGUUGGGAUCAAUAUCGAGUCAAGUCGAAGGUUACUAAAAGCUAUGUCUUUAGUGGAGAACUAAAGUCCGACGAAGUGAUAAUUCAAAUGGGACAUCAUGUGCUGACCAGAAUGGAUCUGAGUUCUCUGGAAGAGGGACAACACAUUACUGAUUUGGUGGUUGAUGCUGCUGUGUGGUUGUAUACUGGCGAGGGUGGGUGGGAAGCUAACACAGAUGGAUGGUCAUACAUGCCUGUAGUGUUUGCUGAAUAUAUACUAAAGAGAUCGACAGAAACUGAGGCGGUUGAUCUUAAACGGAUGAUUAGGGGGACUACUGACCCAUGUAGUUGCCAUGAUAUGUUCAUUCCAAUGCGUGAUGGUCAGCAGUGGUAUGUUGUUCUGGUUGAGUUUGAAGACAAGAAAGUGAGAGUAUUUGAUGCAAUGUGGGAUGAGGGGGCAACCAAGAGAGAUGCAGAUGUCAGGAGUGUGCUUGCAUUCUGUGACGAUAUGUAUGAGAAACGUUAUUUCCCUGGAAAUGCUUCCAAUCGAAAAGUCAAACUAAGUUCUAUGCCUAUAGAGAUAUGGCGCCAUGCAUCCUACGAACACACUGAAGAUUCUGGUUUGGCUGCAUUGAGCAUCAUAAGGGACCGCACGAAGAGCUGGUGGAACAAUAGAGUAAACAUGCCCACACGAACAAGGGUUCUGAUGGAUCUUGUGUACUGCUUCGACAAUCUCAACAACAAUCGGGGUUUCUACGACAGUAUGUGCGAUUGGUACAAGGCGACCAAGGUCCAAGGUGAGGAACACGUGAAGAAGCGACUGCAAGAUGUGUUGGGAUUGCCUUCCGUGCUCUUCGGGGAGCCCUCCAAGGAGCCCUCUGAAUCUGACUAUGAUGAUUGUUGAACUUAGUUUGGGUGGAUGUGAAAAUUUGUGGAUGUUUAUAAUUUUCAGUGUUGUUAAAACAUGGUUGGUGGAA